AUGUUCACUCACAAUCGUAUAUCAACACUGCUUUCGGCUUCAGUUCCAGAAUAUGAAAUAACCGAGCCAUAUCAGUCCAACAAACACGGCGAUUUCGUGUCCCACACGCUCCACCGGCGGCACACGCGUGACGUGCAUGACGAGGAUGCGUGGCACUACAGAAUGGACGCGUUUGGAAAGAAAAUGCAUCUGAAACUGAAACAAAACACGCAACUGGCAAAACCAGGCCUCUCCCUGGAAACGAGGGACGAAAACGGUGACAUCACUUGGUCCCCUGUUAAAACUGAUUCAUUCUACCAUGGAAAAGAGGCCUCGGAUCCAGACUCUUUUGUUGCUCUAAGCAACGAUAAGGGACUGGUAAGUUGUCAUGUCGACAAAUAGACAAAAUAUCUGUUGUUGAUAUCUUCACUUGCGGAAUAAAAGUGGGGGAUUUUAUAAUGCGUCAAAAAUUCGCCAUUUUAGAUACGAGAAGGAAUCUAAAAUGGAUCUAGUUAACUUUCGGAAAGACCUGUGGCCAAUAGCUGACCAGUGAGUCACCAGUAACGAUUCCAAACUAUCUUUACGAAAGUUAAGUUUGCUCAAUUACCUUCUCGCUUCUAAUAUGGCGAGACUUUGAUUCUCGUGAUAUGAAAAAAGACCUGUUAACGUUUAAACAGUAAUUUGGCCCGAAGGAAUGUGACAGGAAGAAUUUUAAAAGCAACAUCAAUAGGUAGUAAAUCAAAUAGAAAAUUGAAAAGAAAAUAUUUAAGCAAUAUUUCUCAUCAAACAUUAAAGCAUUGCUUAAGCUUUUAAGAAAUCGUUUACAUUUUGCAAACUUUGGGGGCUUUUCCUUUUUUGAUGGCUAACCACUGAUUUUCACGUAGUGUAUGCAUUGAUUGAACUUGCGGGUAACUUCUGGGUAGCUAUCUAAAUAUAAGUAUUUCUAACGUAAUUUUGCCAAAUAAUAUUUGUUUUAAACUUAUUUUUCGCAGACUGGUAUGAUAAAGCUGUCACGUGACACCUUGUUUGUUCAUCCUCUUCCUGAUCACCUGGCUAAACACGUGACUAGAGGAAGUGGAGGAGCUAAAAGUCAUCUCGUGUACAGGAAGUCGAAACUAUCAUCUCAAUGCCACACUAAAGUAGGUAAGAGGAAGGGACUAAGUUACAACUUCAUCAAAAAUGUUUUGAGACACUUACGCAUAUUUACCGUGAAUGUUGCGACCAGAUCCUGGUAAAUGGUUCAAAAUAAAUAUCUAAUUGUUGAAUACUCCCCACAAUUUUUGAUGUAAGUUUGAUCUCGACGUUGUUUAUCAAAACUCUCACAAGAAUCUGGGAAUUUUGGUUCAGUUUGAUCUUAAGUUGUAGGUGCUACUCAGAAAUUUAGUUUAACAAACCCAUUUCCUUUUCAGGUUUGGCUUCAAGUAUUGAUAAGGUGGCAAAGAAGAACAAGAUCGAAGGCGCUACAAAUGCUGAUGCCGCUGUACAAAAGUAUUUACAAGCAGCUCUUGUGUUGGAUGAACACGUGGCAGCUGCUCACGGGAAUGACACCACAGACUACAUGCUAGUUUUAGCCAACAUAGUAAGUAAUGGUUUGGCCAAUGAACAAGAUCUCCAGGGAAUGAUAGGACGAAGGGAGGCCAAAAAAAGACGAGGAGGAGAUUUCCGAUUUCCCCGGCUCACCCAUGGUAGUUGUUGUUGUUGAUGUUGUUAUUGUUGUUUGUUUAUUUUUUAAUUCCCAAAACGAAGAGGAUGGGACGUGGGUAAGCAGCACCUGUUAUUAAGGGGCAUCACUUCAUUUUAUUUUAUUUUCCCGUUGCGAAACGUAUAAUGGCCACUUGUUUGGUUGCUUGAAACAUGUUUUUAUAGCUAGCUCAUGUGCUAAUAUUGUUUUUUUGUUUGUUUGUUUCUCAGGUUGCUGGAACAUUCCACGAUAAUUCCAUCGGACACAUAAAAAUGAAUUACGUUGUUAGCCGGCUUGUUGUCAUAACCAACAAAGAGGUGUUUUUUUUUUCCGCAGACUAAUCUCUACUACUUCUACUACUUCACAGAGGCGCUUACGCGCUCGAGAAUCGGGAUGCACGACGUCACACAAUCCGGCCAGGCACAUGCGCACAGGAGGCCUAGCAUUCUGACAUACUUAACUAAAAUAUUUUAAAAAUAAAAAUAGUAGAAUUCAGUUUACGGCUUGAGCGAGACAAUGAAGGAAUGGUGGGAGAUAUGCCAGGUCAAGAUGGCAUAAUAUUGCCCUUCCCCCUUUUUAGGGGAGUUCGUCUCGGGAAAUAGACUCAAGACCGAUCUUGCCCGCUAUGGGUAACUAAUCGGAGCACCUAGGAUUAAUUUAUUAAGACUUUUAGAAAUGUAAUUUCAAAGUUUACCUUUUGUUUUCAGACUCUAAAGCAACGGCUACACAUGUAAAUUACAUUUGCAAAAGUUUUAGAAAGUAGUCCCUGAUUUGCAUGCCUAAUUUUGCCCGCUCUCGAAGCCAUACAAAAGUUUGUUGAAAAAAUAAUGAUACGGUUUGAUUGAAGACCUGCCUUCAUCAGUGCUGUUUUUCUUCUCUUUCCUUUAGCUAAACGUUUAUAGGAACUCAUCUAGCGGGCGAAGACUGGACAUGAUCGCCGCGUGGGCGGCCAAACACAAGUCAGAUAGCAAAAGCGAUCCAAUGUACUUUGACGUCAUCUCUCUGGUUCAUGAGUAAGUUAUGAUCAAAUUGUUUCAGCAAGAUAAAAGGUCUAAGAAUUCUUUUCAAAGAUAUUAAAGAAAACAUUUGCUUUAAAAGCUCGCAUUGGAGAGAUCUACUGUUAGCAAUACUAGGGUAACGGCUAUGUUUUAUAAUCAAUGUCAUCAUUUCAAAAAAAUUAACAUCCUUAGGCUAAAAGAGAAUUAUGCUUGUUAGCUUUUAAUCAUUUGGCAACUUCCCUUUCGCGUAAUUAAUCACUAUUUUCACUGUAAGUCACCAUCUUGGUUUGAGAAAAGAAAAAAAAUAGCACUAGCUAUCAAAGGCCAAGACCAUUUCAGCGGGGGGUGCAGCCCGCGAGGGUGUGUCAGUAUGUAUUUGCAGUAAAACUAGGAUCUACCUGAGAAAAGGUCUGGAAAGAAAAUUCAAAAGGAAUUGAAGCUGAUUAACUGUAAAAACUGCUGAUUAGUUCUUAGCGCCCUAACGGAAACACAUUAAUAUAUAUUUUCUGUUUUACCAGAUCUUGUUGUGGUGGAGGUAUGUACGUGUUCAUUAAUCAUAUUUCCUUAACAUACUUGCAUUAAAAUGCUUUCUUGUUUUGGCAUAUCAAUCCUCAAUAAGGGCCCAAAUCAUGCUUUGUAUCCCUCAAAUGCCAAAUACAUGUAUGCCGGGUGUGAUUUCUUCACCAGGACAGGAGAGGGAUUUCCUCUUAUGACUAGUGCUAGCUGGGGGCUAUCAAUAGUGUCAAGAAUAUUUGAAACAAAAAUGCAAAGUUCUGCAGCAGAGUUCAGUUGUCCUCUUUGUUCUUUCAGGAAAGGUUUCUUUUGACAUUCAACUCCCAGAAUCUCUUGUGCUCAGUAUACUGUAUAAUCCCGUUAAUUAUUUACAAUAACCUGUAUCCCUUUAAUUUUUUUUCGUAAAAAAACCUCGUGUGUGGAUGCAUUCCUAGGGCUAGCUAUUCUGGGUGGUGUCUGCUCGCGUAGAAUCAACAGUAAUGUGAACGGAGAUACGGGUCUACAGACCGCCAGCACUAUCUCACAUGAGACUGCUCACAAGUAAGAAUCUUAAUUACCAGCUGUCUUUUAUUUAUAAUUCAGUACUUUCAUUGUCAGGUAUUAAAUCAAUUGUGGUCUUUAGUACCAGCUGUUGUUGGUGUCCAAAAAGACUGGAAAGAUUGGAGUGUAAAUGAACAUCGAUACAGAAAUAUGAACAUCAACAUCGACCUAUAAAAGGUUGCACUACACUUAGCUGUGAAAUAGUUCAUUGUAAUUUUAAUAGUUGUAGUUUUUACAAUACUUCCCUUGUCGCUAACUUGUUUAUAAACCCUCUAUUCCUCUAUUUUGUCUUCAAGAAAUAGUCGAACACGCGUAUGUGGACGGGCUCCCUUCACGCUUACAAAGCUUACUAGAACUUUCAGUCUUCGUUUCAUUUUCUCCAAACCUGACAAAAAGCUCUGGAUAGUUUUUUUUUGUCAUACAGGGUCUGACUGAGUUUAAAUACCGUAAAAGAAAACCUUUUCCAAGCACCCUUUUUUUCCUUCAAUUUUUUCAAGUAUUGGUAUUGGUCAUGACGGAGCCCAAAGUUGCCCAGAUGGGAUAAACAUCAUGGCCACCGGAACAAUCGCUGGAGAAGGAUCUUACAAAUGGUCCUCCUGCAGUAAAAAUGCUUUACAGCAGUAUCUUAGGUUAGUUCAUAUGAAAAGUAAUAUUUGGUGUGCAUGCAAUUCGUAAUGUCUGCUAGCUGAACGCAUCCCACAUUAGCCAUAUGGAGGGAUAAUAGGGAGAAGAAAUGAUCUCAGGCUACCACUGCCAGGGAUUAUGGGCUCCUGGUUUUGCACUCUUAGCCAAAAAUAAAGGCAAACUUAUCUGUAUAUAAACUGAAGAAGGAAAGUAACACUAAGCGAAACGGAAGUCAUCGCCCUUACUCCCUUUCAAGGUUUUCUCCGAAUUCCGGACCCGGGAAAUUUUUGGUUCUGGAAUCCGAAAUCCAGAGGAAAAUUUUGCUAGUGGAGUCCCUAAUCCUGGGCUUUGGAAUCCGAAUGUAUAUAUCGAAAGGGAAAAUCAGUCUGUAACAAAGUCAAUAAGAUGAAUUUUGAUAAAGCAUUUUGGAACUGGUGGAUAGUAAGAAAGUUAAAUUUAGUCAUAAGAAAAGACCAGUUAUAUUUUACUUUCAGUACAAUAAUGUACAUGUACUAACCUUACUAUUUUCUACUAGAAACAUAUAAUUUAAUUAUUUACUCAUUCAUUAAUUCAUUUAUAUACAACAAUGCAGCGGACCUGGUUCCGUUUGUCUGAAUGAACCACCUCGAAUAUCUCUUCCUGCUUUUACCAACAAGAACAUUGCUGGAAAGUUGCCUGGUGUGGUUUACAAUAGAGCUGUUCAGUGCGAAUUCCUUUUUGGAAAAGGAUAUCGUGGUUUUGGGGCAAGUGUUUUCUUUAGAAGUGUUUUGUAUUGUGUUUAGUCAAAACUGAAGUUUAUGAAAAAAUUUCUCUUUACCAACAUAAUAAACAAAAUAUCGUGAAUCUAGAACUGUGAGUAUUUUAUAAAUGAUGUCUUUUCUUGAAUUAGAUAUAUAUAUUCUGAUCAGUUGUACUUCUAUCCUAAUGUAUACUCCGAGUCUCCGACACGCGCUUGGACUGCAGGUAGUUUUGGAAGAACACCCGUCACUGUAUACUUUAUCAUCUUCAAGGUUAUCUGCAACGUUUUCGUCGAUAUUGUUCGAUUUUAUUUUUGUAGGGACAACGAAGAUAUUUUAACUUGGUGACAACUGUUUUGACAUUGCGCUCUCGCAGUAAACUCGAAGGGGAAAUUUCAAAAUACACACCUUCACGUUCACCAGAACGCAAGCCGGUCAGAGUCACAUUUGUAUGUAUUAUUUGUUUUUUAAUUGUUUUCAGUUAAGCUGUGUCACUUUGUAUUGCACAAAGAAUGGGUACGUUUACACAAGCAUGGUGGUCGGUCCUGUCGACGGAACGAGCUGUGGACCACGUCAUGUAAGUUAAGGAUUGUGCAGUGAAUAUUUCGGAUGGGCAGCCUUGUGGUACUCCUUUUUUGUGACACCAUUCCCUUUAUUGGCGUGAAACUUUUGUAGCUGGAGUGUGCUGGUUACUUUUAUAUUUUACCACCAAAGGAUGAAGUGGCCUCACGAAACAUAUCCAGGCUGCUCAGAAUGACCCUCAAGGGCGGGGGUACUGACCUUUUACAAUCUUAAAUUUGGAAUAGUUUUUUACUUAGGAUAGGAUGAACGUUAGAUACUCAGAAAACGGUGACUAAACUAAAGACAUUGACAACCUCUUAUUUGGGAUUAGAAAAACAGGUCUAUCUUCUGAAUGACUUGGUUCUUUUAACACUCAGUCUCUGACAUUUUUUAUACAAUAGUGGUGUAUCCAUAGUAAAUGCGUUGACAAUGGAUCUCCGAGGAUUGACGGGGGGUGGAGUGAGUGGUCUGAUUAUAGUCCUUGUAGCCGAACGUGUGAAGGAGGUCUACAGUACAGAAAGAGGACUUGUACCAACCCACCGUAUGUACUCUAAACAUUUUGCUGCCUCUUUUUUUGUUGUUGCAUGUUUUCUUUAGAAUUAAAACUAUUUUCUUUGCGCCAAAAAUGAGUCUAAAAAGUCCACGAAGUUUAGUAUUUCCCACUUUCCCAUGUAUCGCGCAAUGUUGUCUUUACCCCCCUAUAGUCAUUCUGUUCAGGGUUGGAAACCAAUUCCAGCUCUAUACUCGAACCAGCGACAUUAAGGUUACCCAAUUAAAUGACCCAUUGACUACGAUGCGGUAGAGUCUUUUGUUUCUGGUUAAUACUUUUUUUUUUCUACUUUAGUCCAAGCAACGGCGGAGAGAAAUGUUUAGGAAGAGACAUUGGACAUUAUAAAAUAUGCAAUUACCAGGUAUGUUAAAUGUGUACAGCAUUGUGCAUUGUAAUAAUCCGCGGCAGGGUGAACGAAUGCGUCUGUCAUAAGAGAAUCGCUUGACUUCCAAUAACUACCAGGCAGAUACUGAAUGGCUGCAUUAAACUAAAGUCACCACUGCNGAGAGAAAUGUUUAGGAAGAGACAUUGGACAUUAUAAAAUAUGCAAUUACCAGGUAUGUUAAAUGUGUACAGCAUUGUGCAUUGUAAUAAUCCGCGGCAGGGUGAACGAAUGCGUCUGUCAUAAGAGAAUCGCUUGACUUCCAAUAACUACCAGGCAGAUACUGAAUGGCUGCAUUAAACUAAAGUCACCACUGCCCUUGCUCGCACUGCUAUAUAAUUGAAAUAUCUUUUAUUGAAUAUAAGAGUGUAUUUUUUAACGGCAGAUUGUUUUAUAACUUUCAUAAAUGCAAACUACCUUUUCUUAGUGGCCUUCUAUUCCUAUUUGGAAUCUCUCUCUUCUUUAUUUGUACUCUAAAGUUCACUUGUAAACUCCGUGAAUUUUGUUUGCAGAUCAAAUGCCCUUUGCCCUCUUACCGGGACUUGCAAUGUAAGAACAUAGACCCUGGAAAGAUUUCCUACGCUUAUGGAGGUAUCAGUUAAGUUGAAGAUGUACUUAAAAGAGAAACAAUAAAACCCCAGAACAACAACAACAACAUUUUAAACAUGCAGUACCCCUGUUAAAUUACUUGAAUAAAAUAUUUUAGUCCUGGCAUGCUGAAAGGAAUGAAAAGUAUCAUGGUUCGACGAUGCGACUUUUAUUGAAAAAUCUGAAUUUGUAGUAAAACCCUUCAAGAUAGUGUUCAUCCAUGUCAAAUGCUCAACCUCCACGCUCUUUAACGCACAAUCUGAUAAUAUUCAUAUCACAUUAGCCAACCGAGGCCUUUAUCUUUCCAAACAGCUAUAUUGCGAUGGGCAAAAACCUACGAAAGCCUGCAACUACCAUUUACUGAAAUGAAAGUCUUAUAUCUUUGUAUUGUUAUAGAUAAAUGUCAUCUUGCCUGCAUACAGCAUAGUACCAUAACUUAUCCACACGGGCGAGUUGCUGAUGGAACUCGAUGUACCGCUGACCCUGGUGACUUUGAUGUCUGCAUCGAAGGAAAAUGUCGGGUACAAUUAAACAUCUUUAAAUGUAAAAAUAGACUUUUGCUACCUGUGACAAAGAUGAAGGAGGUAUAAACAGAGGAAAUGAUUUCGCAGCUUGGAACGUUUUUUGAGCAUGUUGGAUUUUCAGAACGAAGCAAGCGCUUCCUCUCUUCCAAAAAUGAAUGAAAAGACCUUCAACCGUUUUAAGCUAGCUUCUACAAAAGUUUAUCUGGUUGAGUGGGACCCUAUACUAAAAAUGUGUUGGAUGAAAAUCAAACUAACUAAAAAUUUAGCAUCAGUUCCGUUGUCACAGUAGUCACGGUGUGUGUAUCUUUUUUUUUUUUCACCGAUAAGGCCGUAGGCUGCGAUCACGGAUUUGAGUCAGGAACGAGAAAGGAUCGCUGUGCGGUAUGCGGGGGAAAUGGGGAAACUUGUAAAUUUGAAAAAUCAUCUUACACCAAAGACCACAGAAGCUACGGUAAGUUCACCGCAUAACAAGUAAUUAAAAAAUACAGUGGUACAUGUACACUUUAAAGCAAACUAAAAAUUAACCGUGAGCGUGGAGCACAAUUGAUAUUUGAUAUGGACCAAAUUUUGUAUUGUCAUUCUUCUCAUACAGGUUUUGGAAAUGCAGAUACUGUAGUGAUUCUUCCUGUUGGAACAGUGAAUGCAACGAUCAAGAAGAGAGGAGUUAACUUAAAUUUCUUGGGUAGGUAGUUCGAAACUUACGUUGGACAUUUUUGGCUCGUCUUUUUCAAAUAACCGUGGUAUUCUUCCAUCAUAUACGGCGAGAUUUUUUCUCUUAAUAGGCAUUAAGGAUCAUUUGACAGGUCAAUACAUCAUUCAUCUUCCUACCUAUAGUCGCACGGUCUAUUACAAUGGAACGAAGAUUGCUUACAUUCGUAAUGGAUAUGAAUAUGCAGAUUCCCUUGAAAUUGACGGGCCGACAAAUAUCCCCCUGAGAGUAGUGGUAAGUUCAAAAAAUGUCACUUCAUACUGAAACAUACGACGGUAUACAAGAACGAAUAACAUGCGGAAUUAAAGAGUAUCAACUAAUCUAGAGAUACCAAAGAGGGGAGAAUUUCUGCCAAAUUUUGUGAUAUUUUCCAAUAGGCCAGUUUCAAUGAUUAAAAUUCAUUCACGUACAAUUUUUUAAAGAGCCUUUUUUAGGCUCACUUAAGUCUCGUGUUUAACUGAAGAUUUAUUGAUUGACUGAUUGAUUGAUAUAUGGAUUGAUUGAUUGAUUGAUUAAUUGUUGAUUGAUUGAUUGACUGAUUGAUUGAUUGAUUGAUUGAUUGAUUAAUUGAUACUUAACUCAGAGGCUGAGGUAAAUAAAGCAAACGAAAUUGCAUUGAGAUCAAGAGGUUAAUAAUUCAUUUCUUUUGCCUUAUUACUCUCAGACUCGGAGCCAAGUUUGAAUUUUGAUAAUUCGAAAACGGCACAGUGUGCUGCCUGUUUUUUAUUUCAUCUAUGCAUCAAUGGUGAAAAGAUGUUCUGUUUUCUUGUGUCUUUUAGUUUGCUUAUAUACGAGGAAAACCUCAAGGAGUGGACUAUCAGUUCUACAGGCCAUUACUGUCAAAUGAAUCUGCUGCCCCUGUUUCGUUUAAAUGGAUCACUGGAGCCUGGACUGCCUGCUCUGGGAAAUGUGGCCAAGGUGAUGUAAAAAUCCAGUUAUAUUGUCUAUUUAAGUGAUUAAGAUCUUUCAAACCAAGCACUACAAUUUUGUUCAUUAAAAAAUGAUAAUGGGCUUAAGAAAUAAUAAGUUGUUGAUCAUGAAUAAGAAAAUCAAGUCUAGGAUCCAGGAAAAAACGCGCAACAAAUAAAACAUGGACCGGCUAUCUUCGUUUUAUCGGCCAGCGGCUAAGCCUUCCACGCAGGCGAUUUUUUCGGAGGGGAGGGAGGAAAUACGACUCUUCUAAAUACGCCUAUGUUAGGGGCUAGCCCUUUGAGGGCCACAUUGACAUGCUAAAGAGGGUGUACUAUCAGAAAAGGUAUGAAAUCUUCGCACACACACACACCAUAAUUCCAAUAGGGUGGGGAGAGGAGCAUAGACUUAAAGUGUAACUUUGCUUAAUUGCUUAGAGAAAGGUGAUGGGACGUAGGAGCAUCUAGCGGUCAGUAUACUUAGGUUCAUUGAGGUAGAUAUGUAUAUGAUCAAGUUAAAUUGUUUUUAUCAUAUUUAACUUAGGAAUCUCUACAAGAGAAGUGCACUGUGUCCGUUCUGAUGACGAGACUCCUGCUUUAGUUGACUCUUGUUCAAAACAGACUAAACCUGAAUCGCAAAAAAAUUGCAAGCUUUCGACCACCUGCGCUCCUGAGUAAGUUUUCGCUCAAUUUACUUUCUUAAACGGUUUAUAAAGGAAACGGUCUAUGUAAAGGCCUUUCAUUGUCCUUUGGGCUAUAUGUGGUCCUCGCAACGUUAAUUUACUUGGCUAUAAGCAAGUGUUUUUAAUGAUGCAUUUAAAGUUUCUUUAUCUAAUAUGGCUACAUAUAUUUUAUUGUCAAUGAUAAUACAAAAACGAGGAACGGGUAACAGGGAAGAAGGAACAGGGAACGGGAAACGGGGAACUUAAUCCCUAGCGCUAUCGGUAACUCCCCAUAUACCUAUUCUCUGUUUCUUUCCACGUCAUUUUUUCCCGUCCCCCUCUCCUCAUUGUAGUAACCGUCCUAUACUCGCAAAUUAAAAAUUUUCUACUGAGUGAAGAACAAACCAUAUCUUAGUAGGCUUAGUUAUUGGCAAUAUGUCGUACAAUUUCUCUUCAAUUUUAGGUGGCACCUAACUCCAUGGAACGAGUGUUCCAAAACGUGUGGAAAAGGCGACCAUUUUCGUGUUCUUUAUUGUCGAAAGCAAAUCAAUGAAUCUUACUUCCAAAAAGUGGAUGACAAAGCUUGUUAUUCCAGCACUAAGCCAAACGUAACAUUGUUUCAACAAUGUAAUGAAGUGAUGUGCCCACCUGAAUGGAGAUCUCUUCCUUGGUCCGAGGUAACAUUUUAAACCACAUAACCAUUUGCUAAUAAUGGUCUUUUAAAGCCUUAUUUCAAGUGUAUAUGACAGGAUAUUUUUUUUUGUCGUUUUAAAUUUUUAAAGAUGUCUAAAAUGUAUCCAAAAUCAAAACUUGUCAAAACUUAUGCAUAACCUUUUUUUCGUCUUCAAACACGCAAAUUUCCCUUCAAAAGUCUCCGCCCUAUCGCGCGCUAACUUGCCAAGUAUGACGUAGAGUGAUUUGCAAGAGUGUAGAAUAAUAAACAAGAUGACGGCUACUAAAAAGGAUUGUCUUUGUCGACAAUUUCCCAAUCAUCCGCAAAAUCUUUAUUUGCUUCGCCAUACCUUUCGUUUAUACAGCCAGCAAUGACUAGAAUCGGAGGUGGAGGCUGAGCAAAUCAACUGACGUUACAUAGCGUCAUCAGCGUUUCUUUGAUCCUUUACUUGUUUCCUUGAAGUCUCUGGGAUGUUUCUCAAGGAGAAAAAGACUUUUUUUGGAGACAAGUUUUCAAAGUUUAAAAUUGUUGAUUAAACUUAUCUAAAGACAAACAUAUACUAUUUGCCUUCACAAUGCCAGAAAAUGUCCUUCCUCGGGACCCCUGUUUCAUGAUUUCACCAUGACAUUUCUAUCAUUGGUUAUACUGGUUCCCCGUCCUUUGUAAAAGUGGGGUGUGGUGCUUCCAAGUUUUCAUAUUAAUAUUGAUCGAUAUGUCUUGUAUAAGCAAAAGGAAAUGAAGCAUGUUUAUGUCCAAUGGUGGUAGUUUUUGUAUGGUUUACAUCUUUUAAAAUAUCAAAGUUUACUUCUCAGCUAGGUCAAUUUGGCAGUCUGUCUUAUAACACAUCAAUGACAAUCACCAAGAAUCACAGAAUUUCCCAUUUUCUAUCAUACCUGAUUUUAUUUCGCUUUUAGUGUUCAGCGACGUGCGGCGGUGGUAUAAUGACGCGAAAGUUAGAAUGCAUCAGAAAGAACGAAGUCGGGCAAGUUAUAAGAGCUGGGCACUCAUUUUGUCGAUAUGCUGCCAAACCUCUUACAGAAACCGUCUGCAACGAAGACAAGCACUGUGAUCGUAAGUGGAGCCCAAAUACACACUAUUUCCUCUUUUACGGCGGCUAUUUUAAUCGUCGGUACGGAGCAUAUUUAUUCGAGCAAGGGGAGUCCAAGACAGUCUUGGAUUCUGGAUUGCAUGCCGUAGAUCCCGGAUUCCAGGUACUGGUUUCGGGAUUCUCUGUCAGUGGAUCUUGGAUUCCGGAUUUCAAUAAUUCCUGAUUUUUUGAACUGUAUUGCGGAUUCCCCCACAUGAGGCGUUAUGGGAGGGCAUAGAAAAGAAACUUUUGUCAAGUGCCAAAGAACGCAAGCCAUCGCGUACGCAAACGAAAGGAAAAAUUGUCCUAAUGCUUGCGAUCAUAGUAAGGUCUACUUUACUUUUCUCACAGUUUUCUCAAAGAAUUCUUUCAGCGUUUUACUCUACCAUAUAGUAAAGUUAGAUUUUUCUUGAUCUUAUUAAUUUUGAUUUUCUUCUGUUUUUAUAUUGCAACUGAACGAUUCUUUGUUAUAAUUAUAGUUUUGUGUUUGAAACUAAUGUCGCCUAAUUUAGUCUCCGUCCCAUAAACAACACAGACAAACCAAGGUCUGACUGAUCUUUUCUUACUCAGCUCCACCUGAAGUUCAAGUGGCAUGUUUUAUCGGUGCUGAUAAUAUCAAAGAAGUACUUGGAGAUUUUACUAAACAGAUCAACUGGGACGACACAAAUGAAGUGGUAAAAAAAUGUGCUAAGCUGGCUCACAAUAAAGGUUACAAGCUUUUUGCCCUGGGCAGCAAUGGCCUGUGUUUAUCAGAGGCCAACAUGAAACAGAAAUACCAUGUAAGUGGUUCUGAAGGAGCGAAGUGCAAAGACGGGAUUGGAAUGUGGAACAGCAUGUUCGUCUAUUCCUUAGGUAAAGUGGCCUUGGCCGGCUCCCAUGCAGUGUUCCUUACUAAGGCUUAAAUGUCACGCGUCCCCUCCCAGGGCUUCCUUCGUGGGGAAACAACGCGUGACUAAGCCCUAACAACGUAUACGCAUGCGUGGGAGACUAUAUGUGAAUACUACUUUUUUAUAUUUUAAACAAAGAUCAUUGAAUAUUCGAACCUACUCGUUAUUAACAUCUGUCUAUUACAGACAGCCUCGUGUGUCGUGGAAACCAAACCUGACACGUUAAUCCGACUAACUGCUCUGCAAAGCGGACAACUGGUCUCCUAAGCUAAGGAGAAUUGAUUCGAUUCAAGAUUCUGAAAAUUUUUAAGCGAGUCGCGUUCAUUAUAUGAAACAGUUCAAAUUCCUAAUAUAAUAAGAGCGAACGUAUAUCGCAGAACCUCGCGUGGCUGGAAGGCUGACCCAUCAAUUGCUUGGGGUAUUAGACGGAGAAAUAGAGUGUGUAGUGACUUAGGGGGUGGGUUUCAGCCUUUAGUUCUGAAAUUGAAAGUUAUUAACAAUUAUUCCUCGAGCCCAAAUGGGCUCUGAGUCAAUAGCCCAUGCGGCCCGAGGCCGAAUGGGCUAUUGACUCAGAGGCCAUGAGGGCAAGAGGAAUAAUUGUUUUAGUAAAAUCCAGCUAGUUGGUCAAAAAUAUCGAGACAAAACAAUUUUAGCUAGCAAAACGCGAUUCAGCCGCCAUUGUUUUGGUUUUCAAAGCCGGCGCUUUUCGCUACUAGUGGGCUAUAACAUAUAGCCUAGUAGUAGCUCAACCAAUCAGAACGCAGCAUUGAUAAUAGACCACUAGUUGGAUUUUACUAAAGAUGUAUAUUCAAUAAACUGUUGGUUGGACCGAACUAGUACUCAGUGCCCUAUCUUUUAAAAAUGAAGGAAUGAUAAUUGAAACUGGCGAGUAUUCGCUUUUCAAGGUAAUAUAUGCUUGUUGCAAAGGAGUUUGUUAAUAUAUAAAUUUACCAAAAAUAAAUGCAUAUUAAUUAUAUUUUGUAGAGCCCCUGCCUGAUAUCCAACCAGUUGGUUGUUUUCACGACAGUAUCGAUCGAGCCUUGCCCGAUAACUAUGCUAAUUUUCGAGCUCAGAUCAUCUGGACGAAUAUGAAGCUGACAGUGUAUCAGUGUGCACGAGUGGCCCACGACAAAGGCUAUAAAUACUUCGGUGUUCAGUUCUACGGAGUUUGCUACGGUGGAAAGGAUGGUGAAAAAAGUUUUGCAAAAUACGGCAAGAGUACGAAUUGUUGGGAGUUUGACAAACAGAACGGAUUUAGUGUUGGCAAGGACUGGCUCAACUUUGUCUAUCGACGACGGAUUGAGUAG